AUGACUACCACUACCAUGCACUUCGGUCCCGAAUGGAUGCGUACGAAGGGUCCUGCGCGACCUGCGCCCUCUCCACCGCUCGCCACUUCUCCUGUGCCGCCAGGCAUGUCGACAUACUCUGCGCUGGUCACUCCAACGACCAGCACUGCUCCGGAGCGACGCGAUAUGUCCAAUCCAUUCCGAUAUUCCCGUGAAGAAAUGCUCCGAAUUUAUAAGGAGGGGGGAGGUAAGGGAGGACUCGGGUUGGAGGUAGAGAGGUGGGAUGGGAUUGUUCGCGAGGUAGGUUGCGACCCAGUUGGGUUGAAAGAGAUGAGCGAUGGGGAGAAGAAGAUAUUCUCCGGCCCUCUCAACUCUGAAAUUCGACGCCGACAACCUACUGAUGGCCUCUCUCCUCUCAAUAGCUCUUUGGGAGAGAGGCCUAAGCUAGGCCACUCUGCGAGUACCACGUUGAGUCCGAUGCGCGAGCGGAUGGGAGGCUUGAUGGGUCGAAGGCGAGACAGUACAGAACCACCGCCUUUGACGUUACCCAGAAAGCUGUCUCUGUCGUCUGUACAGGGCCCGCUAACGUCUCCUCGAGAGGCCGCUCUUCCGUCCCCUCGGACGCGUAUCGGACUUGCGCCAGGCUUCGAUGGCGUGUUGAGUGAAUCGUGGUCAUCUAGACGCCGUGCUUCAGAGCACCUGAACAAGCCUCAUACUGAUCCAUUGGCGAAGAAGGAUAAGGAUGAGGAUAACCCUGGAAACGAACCGAAAGGCGCAGAUGUUAAAGAGGAGGAGGGCGAGCAUCACGGCCCACAGCAGCGCGUGGAGGAUGAGCAACAGCCUUCCGUCAAUAGGGCGGCUACGUCUCAGCCCGAAUCCUCAACGGCCGCUGUCCCAAACAAAACUCCCGGGAGUGCCAUAGGCCAACCUGCAGAUAGUCUGAAUAGCACUAUGGCUGGUCUGUCCCUAGGCAGUAGCGAUUCUAGUGUCACUUCGUCAGUUGAGCACAGUCGGGCUUCCGAAGUCGUAUCCAAACCCCCUGGUUUGGAAGAUCUCGCGAGCAUCGAGUGGUCUUACCUUGAUCCUCAAGGCCAAGUACAAGGUCCCUUCCGUGCGGACAUCAUGCAACGCUGGUAUGAUGAAGGUUAUUUCACCCCCAAUCUCCUCAUGAAGCGUACGCACCUCGACACAGAUUGGAUAUCUGUUGGGGAAAUAGCUCAACGUGCUAGCGGGCAUCCCGUGUUCCUCACGCCUGGUGUAACGUCUGCUGGUCCACCUGGACUACCUCGUCGAAGCGAGUCUUUGCUGGAAGCACCGAGUGCAGACAGACUCCACGGCACUGUGUUCCAAGGGACAGCCACUGGCAAUCUACGUAGCUCGACCUAUGAUUCCUUCCUUCAGAAUUCCUCCAGUGCAUCCGCUUCCCCAUCGUCGUCAUUUAGCCCGGCACGAUUCGUUAAUGCCUCCCCCGACUCACACGCAUUCGAUGGUAGAGGUGGAAACUACGUGAAUACCGAACUCGCGGUUGGCUCACGAUUAAUGGCACUUUCUGCAGCACCUACGUCCCCGAUUUCAGUAGUCGGACAGAGACGGGGGCCUUUCACUGAUUCAUAUGAAUCGUCUCCUGCAUUACAUUCGCCCUUUGCUACCAGAGCCAUUCCCAUGAACGGCUUGGGUAUCAGCACUGCAGAUGGCAUGAGCUCGGCUGGUCCUUCAUCGCCAUUUGUUACACAAGCCAACGCUGCAGAUACCAUAUCAAUUUCUAGCAGCGAUGUCGCAAUGAGCGUUGGGCCGGGAGCUCUGCGUGCCGACCUGGCAACGACUGCCGCUCAAGCGACGUCAGGUAUCAUUGGCACGGAAUUCGGUCCCUCUGCAAGUCUGCAUACUCCUACAGCAGCUUCACGAGUCAUCAACAGGGACGUCUUUAGCAGGGCCGCAGGUAACGAUGCACCAAGUGCUGCUCCGUUUGGGAGUCCUUUCCCCAACGGGAACAGUGCGGCAUUCUCGUCGAAUGGCCAGCCAUUCUCUCAAAAUCAUUCUCUCGGAUAUACACCAGUGCCUGAUGGUCGUCCAGUAGCCUCUCUUUCAUCCAUCCCCGAACGACAGACCACAACGCAGUCUCAUGCUAUUCCUACUCAACAAUUCCAACAUUCGCUCAUAUCUUCUCCUGUUGCUGCGGUGCCACAAUCGCCGUGGGCCCAUCAGCAUUCAGCUGCUGUGCGUCGCCCUGGACCUUUCGAUGUCAACUAUCCUACCGCAAGUAAUACUGUAAUAACUGGCUUAUCUACGACCAGUCAACCCACAUAUGGGCGUGCGCAGAGCAACUCUAUCAAUGAAGCAUCUCCCUGGAAUGCGGCGCCGUCCCGGGGUUCCGCUGGCUUCUCUGAGCAUCCGAGCAACUUAACGAUAGCAAAUCUCGGACAACAUGACCAGCAGCAGCAGCGCCGGUCCGGGGGGCGUGACAUUCCUAAUGGUGUUCUACAGAAUGGAGUAGGGACGAUUUCCGCGGGUGUACCCGCUGUUGAGUCGCGUCAAAAUGGUACGGAAGCGGUGCCUGCCGCUCAGCCAACGGCCGAGGUAGCUCCUCAGAAGGUCCGGCGAAAGUCGCAAGUUACCGCGUCUGCAGCCCCUUUGACCGCGACUAAGGUCGUCCCUGCUCAGCCAGCGGCUGCGAAGCCACCGUCCCCUAUCCCACCAACUGAACUCAAGCCAGCUUGGACAACGGACGAUGAUAAGAAAGGCAAGCCAUCUGGCGCCACACCCGGACUUCGCGAGAUCCAAGAGGCAGAAAUGAAAAAGCUUGAAGCACGAAGGGCUGCUGAGCGCGAGAAAGAGCGGGCAUUGCGAGUUGCUGCUAGCAACGCUUCUCAGAUGGAGGACUUCCAGCCUUUCACUGCUUCUUGGGGUUUGCCGACCUCUCAAGCACAUGCCGCUCGGUUGGUCGCUACUGUCAAAGAGGCUCCAGGUACAGCCCCGACCACGCCUGCUAUGCCCGUGUGGACGAACUCGUCCAAAGCUCCAGUAACGAAGAAAAGCAUGAAGGAGAUACAGGAAGAGGAAGAACGGCGGAAGAAGCAAGCCAUCAAGGAGAAAGAGACUGUUGCUGCUGCUGCGAAACGUGGCUAUGCGGAGACAAUGACCAAAGCCCCGGCACCUACUCAGCCGUCGGGGGGUGCGUGGACGACCGUGGGUUCUGCAGGUAAGACAUCUGUGGCAGUUGUGCCGGCAGCAAGACCUGCAAUCGCGGUGUCUACCUCUACCAAGGUUGUUCCUCGCGCUGCUCCUGCAACGUCGGCACCGUCUGCAACUACGCGGUCGACCUCCGCGACUGCCGUGCCGACGCGGCCCCCGACUGUGCCGAUUAAGGUAGCGACUCCAAAGGCCGAAGAGUUUCCCGCUCCGCCGUCUCACGAAUUCAUGAAAUGGCUCGCCGACUCGCUCAAGGGGCUCAACAGUAGUGUCAAUUUUGAGGAAAUUACCUCGAUGUUGCUCUCCUUCCCACUGGACCCAGAUCCUUCGACCAUUGAGAUCAUCUCGGACUUGAUUUAUGCCAGCAGCACGACUCUUGAUGGCCGUCGAUUCGCAUCCGAGUUCGUGAGUAGACGCAAAGCCGAUGCUGCGUCUCGCCUCAAGAAUGGUGCGUCGUCGGGAUCGUCUGCAAAGCCACUGUCCAUAGCAGACGUGGUGAAGGCGCAACCGAAGCAGACGCAGUCUGAAUGGGGAGGAUUCAAAGUGGUCAACAAGAAGAAGAAGGGGGGUCGGGCGUGA